AGAAAAUAACAUUGUACUACCAUCGUGUGAAUCAUAAUAAAAAUUAUAAGUUACAACAAACAAUGGCCGCCACCUUAAAACCAUAUUUGACCGCUGUCCGCCAUUCCCUGACUGCUGCAAUGUGCCUACAGGACUUCCCGUCGCAGGUUGUGGAACGGCACAACAAGCCGGAGGUGGAAAUUUGUUCCAGCAAAGAAUUAGUGCUCACGCCUAUCGUUGUCUCUCGCAAUGAGAGGGAGAAGGUGCUUAUUGAGCCGUCCAUCAAUUCGGUGCGUGUGAGCAUUGCUGUGAAGCAAGCAGAUGAAAUCGAGCGCAUUCUUUGCCACAAGUUUACACGGUUCAUGAUGCGUCGCGCUGAAUCCUUUAUCAUAUUGCGCCGUAAGCCAAUCGAAGGAUACGAUAUUAGCUUUCUGAUAACAAAUUUCCAUACGGAACAAAUGUAUAAACAUAAGCUGGUGGACUUCGUCAUUAGCUUCAUGGAGGAAAUCGACAAAGAAAUUAGUGAAAUGAAACUGGCGGUGAAUGCUCGCGCCCGCACCUGUGCUGAGGAGUUCUUGAAGCGCUUUUAAAAAUAAAAUGAGCAAUAGUUUA